AUGAAGCCCAUUGGAAAAGUGCUUUGUGCUACAGCCUUCAUACUCGGGUUCCUCGCUGUCUUCUGGAAAGAUUCUUUUAAGCCAGAGGUGUUGUCUGGCGCCCGUGUCCUCCUGACUGGAGCCAGUGCUGGGAUUGGAGAGCAGAUGGCUUAUCAUUAUGCCAGAUUUGGUGCUGAAAUAGUUUUGACUGCUAGGAGGGAAGCUGUGCUGCAGAAGGUGAUGGAGAAGUGCCUGGCACUUGGAGCAAAGAAAGUAUUUUACAUCCCUGCAGAUAUGUCAAACCCUUUAGAGCCUGAAAAGGUGGUUCAUUUUGCUGUCCAAAAGCUGGGGGGCCUGGAUUACCUGGUGCUGAACCACAUUGGCACGACCCGUUUCCAGAUGUGGGAUGGAGACGUGGAGUACACCCGCUGGCUCAUGCAGGUGAACUUCUUCAGUUACGUGUCACUCGCAACAGCAGCUCUCCCCACCCUGGAGAAGAAUCGAGGCUCUCUGGUGGUUGUUUCUUCCCUCACAGGGAAGAUCCCCACUCCCUUCACCACUUCUUACUCUGCCACCAAGUUCGCCCUGGAUGGGUUCUUCAGCUCGCUGCGCCACGAGCUCUCCAUGCAGAAGAAGAACGUCUCAGUCACACUCUGCAUCCUGGGCCUGAUCGACACCAAAUCGGCCUUGGAGAGCAUCAGGGGGAAGGUUUCUCUUCCUGCCUCUCCUGCUCCCGCCGCGGCGCUCGCCAUCAUCCAGGGGGGAGCCAUGCGUGUGAGGGAGGUUUUCUACCCGCGCUGGCUGCACCUCGUGUGCUGCCUCGGGGUGCUCUUCCCCUGUGACCCUGCUCUGCAGAGCUUCUACACUCCCUAG